GCCAUCCAAACAGCAAUAACUUCGUAGUCCUUGCCUCUGUGAUGGAGCGAAGCCUAUCGUCCUCGUCUCAGAGGAACUCAGCGAAGCCGGUCUCGAGCUGCUCAAGAACUUCGCCAAUGUUGAUUGCUCUUACAACUUGAGUCCGGAAGAGAUGUGCACGAAAAUCUCACAUUGUGAUGCCUUAAUCGUGAGCAGCGGCACCAAAGUUACUCGAGAGGUGUUUGAAUCGUUCGGUGGAAGGCUCAAGGUUGUGGGUCGGGCUGGUGUUGAAAUUGACAAUGUUGAUUUGUCUGCUGCUACUGAACAUGGGUGUCUUGUGGUAAAUGCCCCAACAGCUAAUACUGUUGCUGCCGCCGAGCACGCGAUUGCCUUGCUUGCGUCCAUGGCCAGAAAUAUUGCACAAGCGGAUGCUUCUGUUAAGGCAGGGAAGUGGCAGAGGAGCAAGUAUGUUGGGGUGUCCCUUGUAAGAAAAACACUUGCUGUAAUGGGUUUUGGGAUGGUUGGUUCAGAAGUAGCAAGGUGUGCUAAGAGACUUGGCAUGAAUGUCAUAGCCCAUGAUCCAUAUGCCCCUGUAGACCGUGCCCGUGCAAUAGGUGUGGAGUCGGUGUCUUUUGAGGAUGCUUUGUCAAGUGCUGAUUUUAUCUCUUUGCACAUGCCUCUUACCCCUGCUACAUCAAAAAUGUUUAAUGAUGAUGCAUUCUCCAAGAUGAAAAAAGGUGUUAGAAUUGUAAAUGUUGCCCGUGGUGGUGUAAUCGAUGACGAAGCUCUACUUCGCGCUCUAGAUUCAGGAAUUGUCGCUCAGGCUGCACUUGAUGUGUUCACAGAAGAGGCCCCGCCAAAAGACAAUGUAGUGGUGCAGCAUGAAAAAGUAACUGUAACUCCUCAUCUUGGUGCUAGUACUAAAGAGGCUCAGGAAGGUGUGGCUGUUAAAAUAGCGGAAGCUGUUGUUGGGGCCUUAAAAGGGGAGCUUGCUGCUAGUGCUGUUCUGUCUGAACUUUCACCAUUCAUUGCACUAGCUGAGAAGCUUGCGAGACUGGCUGUGCAAUUGGUUGCAGGUGGAAGUGGUGUGAAGUCUGUCAGGGUGACCUAUGCUUCUGCCAGAAGUCCAGAUGAUCUUGACACCCGGCUUCUUCAAGCCAUGAUCACAAAGGGUCUGAUUGAGACUAUUUCCAGUGUCUUUGUGAACUUGGUGAAUGCUAACUUCACUGCCAAGGAGAGGGGACUUAGGAUAACAGAGGAGCGUGUUCUUCUGGAUGGAUCACCUGAAAAUCCCCUCGAGUCUAUCAAGAUAACAGUAGAGGGAAGAGUGAAGGAUGGGAAACCCCAUUUGACUAAGGUGGGAUCCUUUGGCGUUAAUGUAAGCCUGGAAGGCAGCCUCAUACUCUGCAGGCAGGUUUAUCAACCGCAUCUGAUUGGAAAGGUGGGAAGUAUACUAGGCGAUGAAAAUGUUAAUGUGAAUUUCAUGAGUGUCGGAAGGAUAGCUACAUUGGAACAAGCUGUAAUGACAAGUGGGGUGGAUGAAGAACCCAGCAAGGAGGCACUGAAGAAAAUUGGAUAAAUCCCAGCUGUUGAAGAAUUUGUUUUCCUGAAGUUAUAAAGUGAUCAACAAUCAUACAGGACUUACGCAAAUUUUGUACAAAUUUCUGAUGUUUUUCUAGGUUGAAAGUUAAUAAUUUCUCAGAGAUCAAGAUUGUUUUGUUGCAUCAAUCUGUCACAAGUUAUUGCAGACUGCAGUCUUAUUUCUUGGUAGUUUGUUGUCAAAUUUCCUAAAAACUGUAAAUUGGUCCCUUAAAUUGUUUGCUUUUAAUGUUGAUCUUCUCCUGUAGCUAUUGGUACUCCUCUGUUUUAGCUCCAUAUAAUAGUACUGCGGCCUUGUUUACUGAAUGAUCUAAGCACUUGUCUUUCAAAAUGGAAGUUUGGAACUUCUGCUAAUGCAAUUGAAUAUCAUGCACCAUUUUGCUUUUCUCCUGUUGUGAUUUUCAUAUGUCCUGCUGAAAUAAGAAACAGGGUAGGUGUAG